AUGAUUCAAUCUUCGAGUGAGGAUUACUCGACCUUAACAAAUGAUGUGUGUGAAAUGUGGGUUCCAGCUGUAGGUGCCCAAACAGUGACUGAUUUAUUCACGAAGAAUCUUGAGAACAUUUUUGAUUAUCUGCUUAAGACGAUCAACAUCCCUUAUGAAUGUUCUAUGUAUGUGCUGCAAGAAUUAAAGCAAGAUUGUGAAAACUUUUCCUCGAAUUUUAUUUUCAGAAGAAAUUUUGAAACUUAUUUUGACACUCAGCCACCAUUUCAGCUCGGUGAAGCAAUACUAUCCGGAAGUUUCAGCGAAGGUCUUUUCAUCUAUUCUACAACAGAGUCACCAGAUAUAGACUUCAUGUGUGUCUUAAAGAAUAUCACCUUUUUACAACAUAAUCAAGAAGACGGGAGCUUGUUGUUAAGGGAAGAUACGCCUUUUGUUUACGCAUUUGUGACAAAGGAAGAAACACAACAUCUGUGGAGCGAGUUUUUGCACAAGGUAGACGAACAAACGGGAAAACGUCGAUUAUCUUCAAAAAAAUUGAAAGAAAAGCUAGAAGAAAACUACAAAAAAGCUGGUGGACUGUUCCAUACUUCAGGAAAGAAGGAGGAGCUGGAAGAGGUUGCAGAAGGUGCUGCAGUGACCAUUCGUAAACCAAAACCUCCCGAACCUUCGUUCGAGUGUUUCGCGGAAUUGGGAAAGGAUUUCUUAACGCCACCAACCAAUAGACCUUUCGACGCACUAUAUGAAUUGGUGUAUGCCGCCGUCCUCGAUAAAUUAUUUCCUUCUAGUGACAUUGUGUUGUCAAUAUUCUGCGAAGGAUGGCCAAAUUGUGCAAGAGAAUGGAUCACACGAGAACGACUUUGGCCAGAUAUAUAUUCCGUGGAAAAAAUCACACAAAGUGGAUUUCACCUUGUUCCAAAGAGCUCCGCUGCAGGCGAUUUUCAUUUAUCGUUUUCAUGUGCUGAAACCAUGUUGAUUCGAACUCUCUCACCACUGCAGCAUAAAGUAAUGAGAGCUUUCAAAGCUGUAGUUAAAUACCACCAAAAUAUCUGGAAUCUACCAGUCAAGGGAAUUAUAUCAAGUUAUUACUUGAAGACCAUCGCAUUUUGGCAUUUUGAGAAAACCUCAAUGGAAUUUUGGACUAAAGAAACUUUAGUUCAUCAUCUUGUUACAUUACUUCACGAGUUAGCAGAAGCUUUGAGAAUUCAAAAUCUUCCAAUGUACUUUAUGCCUAAAGUAAACCUGCUCCAAGAAGUUGAUGAUCCUGCUGUCAUGCUGAACUUACUUGAAAAUAUUUCACAACUUUCACUCAAUUUCUCGGCGAUGUCUGAAGCCAUUAACACUGCUUCAAUAGGAGCAUCAAUUUUCCUUAAUUCUGACAACGACAUUGCUAACCGUGUCAACAUUCUCGAUGCUAAGGAAAAAAUGGUUGCAAAUAUAAUUAAUUCUCUGACUUCUAAUUUUCCAGAAGACACUAUGUAG